GUGGCGACACCACGGAUGGACAUGACACUGGCUGAGCUUCAAGAGAUGGCUGCCAGACAGCAGCAGCAGAUAGAAGCUCAACAGCAGCUCCUCGCUUCGAAGGAGCAGCGGCUGCGCUACUUGAAGCAGCAGGAGCAGCGUCAGCAGCAGCAGGCCUCCGAGCAGGAGAAGCUGCAGCGCCUCCGAGAGAACAUCGAGAACCAAGAAACUCGGCUCAAGAAGGUCCGGGCCCUCAAGGGCCAGGUGGAGCAGAAACGCCUCAGCAAUGGCAAACUGGUGGAAGAGAUAGAACAGAUGAACAACCUGUUCCAGCAGAAGCAGAGAGAAUUGGUAAUGGCUGCUUCCAAGGUGGAGGAGCUCAGCCGGCAGCUAGAGUUGCUCAAAAAUGGUAAAAUGGACAACUUCCAUGACAACCAGAGCUCUGUGGCUGAACUUGACCGCCUCUACAAGGAGCUACAGCUGAGAAACAAGCUCAACCAGGAUCAAAACUCUAAGUUGCAGCAGCAGAGAGAGAGCCUGAACAAGCGCAACCUGGAGGUGGCUGCCAUGGACAAACGGAUUAAUGAGCUCCGAGAUCGGCUGUGGAAGAAGAAGGCAGCACUUCAGCAAAAGGAGAACUUGCCUCAGCCCUCUGAUGGCCAAGCCGGACAGCAGUCAGGUCCAUCUCGUGUGGCAGCGGUUGGCCCAUAUAUCCAGUCGUCCACCAUGCCCCGGGGCCCAGUGAGACAUGACCUGCUUAUAAAACCCGCCUACCCAGACGGCACUGCCACCCUACCAGCCCACGACCCACAGAGCAAGGCCGGUGCAGGCCUUCAGCCAUCCACGCUGGCAGACUGGGCCUCUUCAGGUCCUGAAUCCAACACCAACGGUCAUGGUCCUGCUUCCACACUGCCACGAAUGUCCUCUCACUCCAACUCUAACGCAGAACAAGAUGAGACAGAGCUGAAGAGGGACAGGAAGGUACGUCCAUUUUCCAUGUUUGAGCCAACAGAGGUUCCCACCACCUCCCUGCGCAAAAACCAGAGCAGUGAUGACCUGGUCAGGGAUGCUCAGUCUGCACCCAAGGCUCCAGUCAAGGUGCCUCCUCCAGUUCCCACCAAACCGAAAGGCCCUGGUGUUAUGCCCUAUGGCAAACCAGGCUUCAACACAGGCACCUUCCCUAAAGCCAAGCCCCACAGCCAGCAGCCCCAGGCUGCACAGAGCCGCGGCCCCCUCACACCCUCACAGAGCCAGACACUCCCUCUACCCUCUAAGCAGGACACUCCACCCGCAGCCGCGGUACGGCCCUUCACCCCAGAGCUGCCCUCCUCCAAAGACGCCAGCCUGAGUAAGCCCCAGACUGUUGCGGCCAGCUCCAUAUACUCCAUGUACACACAGCAAUCUGGCUCAAACAAACCCUUCCAGCCUGGUGUUCAGGGUGCUCUCAACAGGGCCCAAAACCGCCCCAACGGAUUUGUCAGUGUGUACGGUAAACCAGUGAUCCCCAGUGGAGGCUCCCAACAUCCAGAGAACCCUUACCUGGAACGCCGAUCCCCUGCACCAGACACGGAGGUUGACCACAAUGGAUCGAAUAAUGUGGGUCCCAGCUCAUCUGAGGGCCCCCAACCAGAAACAGAGCGUAUCCCCCGGCCCCUCAGCCCCACCAAGCUGCUUCCCUUCAUUUCCAACCCCUACAGACACCAGAGUGAAGGUGACCUGGAAGCCCUGAGGAAGAAGCUCUACAAUGCCCCGAGGCCCCUGAAGAAACGUAGCUCCAUCACUGAACCUGAGGGUCCCGCAGGGCCCAACAUUCAGAAACUCCUCUAUCAAAAGACCACGCUGGCAGCUAUGGAGACCACUGUGACUACACCAACCACUCCCACCUAUGCUGGUGAAGCAGAGAAGGCAGCAGAGGGAUCUGUGGGGCCGCACACUCCAAGCCCUCUGAGUGCUGCAGAGAGCCAUCCAUCAGAGGCAGGACACGCUCUGGAGGGAGGACAGCACCCGUCUCACAUCCCAGGUGCCUCUGUUCCAGCCCCUGUUGAACAGACCAAACCACCUUCAACCACCUCAGAGAGCGAGGACAUUAUUCCCCCACCUCCACCAUCCCAUCCAGCCCCCAGGCCAGAUGAUGCUCUUUUCCCACCACUACCCCCUGCUGGCUUGGAGGACACAAUGCCCAACCUGCCCCCUCCGCCUCCAGAGGGCUUCCUGGAAGAGUUCCCCCCAUACCCGCCGCCUCCGUACCCCAGUGGAGCAGAGCAAGACAGUUUGGGGGAGGACACCUUCAACAUGAAGGCACCUGAGGUCACUGGCCAGGUCACUCUGCCACCGGGAAAGAGGACCAACUUGCGCAAGCCUGGCUCUGAACGCAUCGAUCACAGCAUGAGAGUGAAGUUCAAUCCGCUGGCUCUGCUGCUGGACUCUUCUCUGGAGGGAGAGUUUGACCUUGUCCAGAGAAUCAUCUAUGAAGUUGAGGACCCUAGUCAGCCCAAUGAUGAAGGCAUCACAGCUCUACACAACGCUGUCUGUGCUGGACAUACAGAGAUCGUCAAGUUUCUGGUUCAGUUUGGUGUCAACGUCAAUGCUGCUGACAGUGACGGCUGGACGCCUCUUCACUGUGCUGCAUCCUGCAACAAUGUGCAAGUGUGCAAGUUCCUGGUGGAGUCUGGCGCCGCAGUAUUUGCUAUGACUUACAGCGAUAUGCAGACCGCAGCUGAUAAAUGUGAAGAGAUGGAGGAGGGCUAUACCCAGUGCUCUCAGUUCCUCUAUGGUGUGCAAGAGAAGAUGGGCAUCAUGAACAGGGGUGUGGUCUAUGGUCUGUGGGACUAUGCUGGUGAAAACCCUGAUGAACUGUCGUUCCGCGAGGGAGACUGCAUGACCAUCAUCCGCAGAGAAGACGAGGAAGAGAUCGAAUGGUGGUGGGCACGCAUGGGCGACACUGAGGGAUACAUUCCCCGCAACCUCUUAGGGCUCUACCCCAGAAUAAAGCCAAGACAGAGGACCCUGGCUUAAAACACAAAGACACAUUCCAGUCUGCGAGAACUCUCCAAAACACAGACACACACACACACACACAUCACACACACAGGCUUUAACAGACUGGAAAAGAGAAGGACACUGCUGAAAUGAAGAGACAAGGACAGACCAAACAUUAUGAAGGAUCAACUAUAAACUCUUUCUGGCACUUUUCUGUAUCAACAGAGGGACUCCCUCACUUAUUUUUCCAGGCCACACUGUGUACUUUGUAUGUAAGACACUAAUGGCAUUGUUUUCAUUUAUUCCAUUGUUUUUGUUGCUUUUGUAAUUAGUGUCUGAACUACUAUUUCUAAAAUGACAGAAACUCAAAUGUUGGGUUGUAAAUGGAACAAGCAGUAUUUUUAUUGCUAGGAAGUAAUUUUUACACUUUUGAACAGUCUUUUAAAACUUGCUUUCUGGACUAUUUGUUAUUUUCUAACAUAUUUGAGGCUCUACGUUGCAUGAGGUGAAUGAAUGGAUGAUGAUGAUGAUGAUGAUGAUGAUGUUUUGGAAAUGCUGUUACCAUGACAAUCUUUUGGGAGGCUCAUUUCUCAUCAUCUAUGCUGAGUGACUGUGCCUCCGUAUAACUGCACUGGAGGUGUAAAGUUUCAGCUGUGACCACCACUGUUCUAGCUAAACAAAUAGAAAAUGAGAUGAUUGGUGGAAAAACGGUGCUGAAGCUAUUGAUUGAUCUAUUGCUGUUCAUUCUGUGGUCUAUGAUACCCAGAAAUCCAGUCUACUCUCCUGCAAUUGGCACAUGGUUGAGUUGCCAUAGAUACUGUGGAUACAUGUGUUUCUGUCACACAAACUAGUGAAUUGUUACUGUAGCAAUGAUAUUGUUAUUAAAAUGGAAAACUCUGAAACUCUUAAGAAGCCCUUUGACUAAGGGAGAUGUCAUGCAGUAUGAAUUUUAAUAUUUUAUUACAGCCAUUCCAUGACAAUACAGAAACCAUUUUGUAGUGCUCACUAAGAAACAACACAUGAUAUUAUAAAGUUAGAGAACAAUUUCUGAGUCAAGUCAUGUCUUAAAGGCGAAAAAACAGAAAUAAAAAAUGGAACUCACAUUCCCAGAUGUUCCCAAAACUCAUCACAUAUCUCUGUCAAUGCAAAUGUAUUUAUUUUUGUUACUUUUUUCUUUAGCCCUUUUGUCAGAAAUAUAACCACAAAUGUACUGUAGAAUUUCAAACAUUUACAAUAAAAGACUUUCUACUAAGUUUA